CAAUCCCACUAUCCCAUUUCCAUUCUCUCUUUGCAUCAUUUCAUGAUUUUCAUCCCAACUCAAAUUUCAUGAUACAGAUGCUUGCAACUUCAGACUUGAUCAAAGUUCUCAACUGCUUAAACCCUAGGCUCCCAUAUUCGACCUCGUUCUUCUCCCACAUCCAAACACAUCAAAUCAAAUUUCGUUCCUCACUCACAAAUCAUCAUUUCCUCGAUCAUAACCUUCCCAUAUUACCCAAAUCUCUAACAAGAAACACAAACACUAUGAUCAGUAUGAUGGCUUCUCUCCAGCUCCUAAACCCCAUAAUGUUCGCGGGAAAACGAAGCGCCCGCGCGUGGACUAGAAGGGCGCCUCCACGUGCGUGCCUUAAAGUGGACGUGCGCGCACUCGUUCAAAGGAAGCCGCCGCCGCCGACGGCGGGGAGGAGUCAGGAGGUGAUGGAGGCGGAGAAGAAGGUUAUGGUAGGGACAUACAAAAGACCACCGGUGGUGAUCGCGAGUGGCAAAGGGUGUAAAUUGUACGAUCCUGAAGGGCGAGAGUAUUUAGACAUGAUGUCCGGGAUUGCUGUUAAUGCUCUUGGACAUGGUGAUCCGGAUUGGAUACGGGCCGUUACAGAACAAGCCCAUGUUCUCACUCAUGUUAGCAAUAUCUACUAUUCCAUCCCUCAGGUGGAGUUGGCAAAACGGCUGGUGGCGAGCUCCUUUGCUGAUCGUGUCUUUUUCUCAAACUCUGGAACUGAAGCGAAUGAAGCUGCCAUCAAAUUUUCCAGGAAGUUCCAAAGAUUUUCAUACCCUGAGAAGAAAACGCCUGCAACAGAAUUCAUUUCUUUCACUAACAGCUUUCAUGGGAGGACGAUGGGGUCUGUCUCUUUGACGAGUAAGGAGCAUUAUCGAACACCAUUUGAGCCUCUCAUGCCUGGAGUCACUUUCUUAGAGUAUGGAGAUGUACAAGCUGCCAGAAAGCUUAUUAGCUCUGGAAAAAUAGCUGCUGUGUUUGUUGAACCUAUCCAGGGUGAAGGUGGGAUAAAUAGUGCAACUAAAGAAUUUUUGCAAGCCUUGCGUGGUGCUUGUGAUGAUUCGGGGUCUCUUCUCGUCUUUGAUGAGGUUCAAUGUGGUUUGGGUCGAACUGGUUAUCUCUGGGCGCAUGAAGCUUAUGGUAUAUUCCCAGAUAUAAUGACCCUGGCCAAGCCUCUAGCAGGAGGACUUCCCAUAGGAGCUGUAUUAGUGACUGAGAAGGUUGCUGCUUCAAUAAAGUAUGGAGAGCAUGGAAGCACUUUUGCAGGGGGACCCCUCAUAUGCAAUGCCGCCCUUGCCGUCUUGGACAAAAUUUCCAAGCCUGGCUUUCUCAGAAGCGUCUCGGACAAAGGUCAGUACUUCAAAGAAGUGCUGACAAAGAAGCUCGGCAAAAAUCCGCAUUUUAGAGAAGUACGUGGUUUGGGGCUCAUUGUUGGGUUAGAGCUGGACGUAUCUGCUUCACCGCUUGUGGAUGCUUGUCGGAAUUCUGGUUUGCUAAUUAUAACAGCCGGAAAAGGAAAUGUCAUCAGGCUUGUGCCACCAUUGAUCAUCUCUAAGCCAGAGUUGGAACAGGCAGCUGAGAUUAUACUUGAAUGUUUGCCUGCCCUUGAUGGCUCUACUUGAAAUUGGUGUUGAAGUAAGUAGUUAACUCGAGUUAAUUUACAUAUUGCAACAGUUAGUUGUUGAGAUUUAUCUGAACCGAUGUAUUUUACUACAAGGUAGUUUAUGAUGUCUUUUGUCCA